AUCCCGAGAUAAACAAACCUGAGGAGGGGGCGGCGGAGACAGAGGGGCCUGACGCUGGAGGAGAAGAAUGGGGGGCUGGGCCUGGGGGUGGUGGCAGGCGCCAGGCGCGCAUACGGGAGCCCCUGAUGGGUAAUGGGGAUCCUAUGCUUGUCCAAGAUCCAGUUGUGUGACGGCCCCCCGCAGCCCAGGAGCUUCUGGGGGCUUGGACCCCGGAGCCUGUGGGCAGCCUCUGUAGCUGACCUCUGGCUUCAACAUUUGCCUGAAGGUGGCCUGCAACUCUGCAUCUGCCCCCCUGCCCCCCAGGGCCACCAACAACCAUGACUAAGACAGAUCCCGCCCCGAUGGCCCCGCCGCCCCGAGGGGAGGAGGAAGAAGAGGAAGAAGAGGAUGAGCCUGUCCCUGAGGUCCCCAGCCCCACCCAGGAACGCCGGCAGAAGCCUGUUGUACACCCCUCAGCACCUGCCCCCCUCCCUAAGGACUACGCCUUCACCUUCUUCGAUCCCAAUGACCCGGCAUGCCAGGAGAUUCUGUUCAACCCCCAGACCACCAUCCCAGAGCUGUUUGCCAUUGUGCGCCAGUGGGUGCCUCAAGUCCAGCACAAGAUAGAUGUCAUUGGCAAUGAGAUUCUGCGUCGAGGCUGCCACGUGAAUGAUCGUGAUGGGCUGACGGACAUGACCCUGCUCCAUUAUGCGUGCAAGGCUGGGGCCCACGGAGUUGGGGACCCUGCUGCGGCCGUGCGCCUCUCACAGCAGCUGCUGGCCUUGGGCGCUGACGUGACCCUGCGCAGCCGCUGGACCAACAUGAAUGCGCUUCACUACGCAGCUUACUUCGAUGUUCCCGACCUCGUACGCGUGCUGCUGAAGGGCGCAAGGCCACGAGUGGUCAACUCCACGUGCAGUGACUUCAACCAUGGCUCAGCCCUGCACAUUGCUGCCUCCAACCUGUGCCUGGGUGCCGCCAAAUGUUUGCUGGAGCAUGGCGCCAACCCAGCACUGAGGAAUCGAAAAGGACAGGUGCCUGCAGAGGUGGUCCCAGACCCUAUGGACAUGUCCCUGGACAAGGCAGAGGCAGCGCUGGUGGCCAAGGAGCUGCGGACGCUGUUGGAGGAGGCUGUGCCACUAUCUUGCGCCCUCCCCAAGGUUACGCUACCCAACUAUGACAACGUCCCAGGCAAUCUCAUGCUUAGUGCACUGGGCUUGCGCCUGGGAGACCGUGUGCUGCUGGAUGGCCAGAAGACGGGCACACUGCGGUUCUGUGGGACCACAGAGUUCGCCAGCGGCCAGUGGGUGGGCGUGGAGCUGGAUGAACCUGAGGGCAAGAAUGAUGGCAGCGUUGGGGGAGUCCGGUACUUCAUCUGCCCUCCCAAACAGGGUCUUUUUGCCUCUGUGUCCAAGAUCUCCAAGGCGGUGGAUGCACCCCCCUCCUCUGUUACCUCCACACCCCGGACUCCCCGAAUGGACUUCUCUCGUGUCACUGGCAAAGGUCGCAGAGAACACAAAGGCAAGAAGAAGUCCCCAUCAUCCCCAUCUCUGGGCAGCCUGCAGCAGCGCGAUGGAGCUAAGGCUGAAGUGGGAGACCAAGUCCUUGUGGCAGGCCAGAAGCAGGGGAUUGUGCGCUUCUAUGGCAAGACAGACUUUGCUCCAGGUUACUGGUAUGGCAUUGAGCUGGACCAGCCCACGGGCAAGCAUGAUGGGUCUGUCUUUGGUGUCAGGUACUUCACCUGUCCCCCUCGGCAUGGGGUCUUUGCACCAGCAUCCCGCAUUCAGAGGAUUGGUGGAUCCACUGACCCCCCUGGGGACAGUGUUGGAGCCAAAAAAGUACAUCAAGUGACAAUGACGCAGCCCAAACGCACCUUCACGACAGUCCGGACCCCAAAGGACAUUGCAUCAGAGAAUUCUAUCUCCAGGUUGCUCUUCUGCUGCUGGUUUCCCUGGAUGCUGAGGGCAGAGAUGCAGUCUUAGAGGCCCUGGAUACCUGACAGAGACAGAGUCCCUACUAGCAUCUCCUGACACAAGGAGCCCCUAAGUCACCCUGCGAUAGAGAUUCCCAGUAACACAUUGAGAGUAGAGAUCCCCCAUUAGCCAGCCCUCAAUCACUGAGGCCCCAUUAUUAACAGAUUCCCCCAUCAUAACCCCCCAAAUACAGACCCCAUGUCACCAGAACAAAGAUUCCCUGAGUAGCACUUCAGGCUAGUCCCUAUCCCCAACCUCUCAGAGAAGAACCCCAAAUUAAUUGAUUUCCACAUCACCCCCAAAUGAUGGUGACCCUCUCCACAUGAUGCUCCACACAGAAUAUUCUUGAGUCACUCAUCACUUACCAGAAACCCUCCCAUAAAAAGAUCUCUCCCAAAUCCUUUUGAAAUAAACAUAGGUCACACCUCUAGAGCAACAGAUCUUCAAGUCAUUAUCCCUGUUUAACAUCAGUCCCCUUGAGAUGUCAUGAACCCAUGGUCACCCCAAAGCCCUUAUACUCCAGCCUAGCAUUCAGCUACUUCCUCCAUUAACAAGACCUUUUUUCUUAUCCCAAAAUAAGAGAGCCACCUUAACUAGUCCACUGUCAUCCCUAAUUUACAGAUACCAAAACAGUCCUGGAAGUGCUAAUUACAGGACCCCCAAGUCUUCCUAUCCUCUGUACCCUUGAGAAACCCCCAGUGCCUUGUAUGAAGCCCACCCCACAAUAGCCCACAGCUCCUGUGCUGUUGAGGCUCCCAGAAAAUUCUCUAUUUUUUAAGCAAUGACUUUGGGGGACCCCAAAAUUUAGAGGCCCCAUUUGAGGACUCGGGAUUCCAAACCCCAGAGUACUUAUAUCCCAAAUUCCCCUAUGCCCUCAAGUUCCUACAGCACCUAGAAAAUCUCAAGGCCCUCACUCCCAGGACCCCUAAAUCUUAGAAUCCCCAAAUCCCCAGGGAAUCCCAAAUUUUCAAAUCCAAUCCCAAGCCCUUAAGAAACCAAAUUAUCAGGUCUUGUGCCUGGGAUGGAGGAGACUGAAGUCAAGAGAUGAAUUCCAGACUCCCAGGGCACCUCAAGCCCUAUUAUUCACAGGCACCAGGAUACCCCAAACAGGAAUUCCCAUCCCUGGAAACUGCAGAACUUCAAUACCCUGAGUCCAUGGAUCUCAAUACACCCAAAUUCCAAGAGUCUCAGCCCCAAGAGAAUCCCAACUGUUAAAGCCUCCAUGUUUAAUACAUGGAUGUCCCCAAGGCCCUGAGGGGAUCCCAAAUUCUGGAGCCCCAUUUCAAUCUAUAUUCUGGUCACUGGCCCCAAAGGACCUUACAGCACCUGGGCCAGAGCAACAGCCCAAGGGAGAACCUGAAGGCCAAGGGGGUCCAGGGCAGAUCUGGGGCCCAGACCACCAAGGACAGCUCACAACUGCCCCUUCACUGCAUGUCCCCAAACAGCAUGACUCCUGACCUCUUCAAUAAAGACGUUUCUAUGGCC